AUGGCUACAUCAGCGACACCUGGUGGCGGCGGGGUUUCUCCCAGCAAGAGCUUGACCAACUAUGCAUCGUAUAUCCCAGAGGGAAGCAAAAGGCCGAGAAUUGGACAUCUUGACCUGGACUCCAACACCGUCACACCUCUCUCUUACAUCUCCGGCACACCGAUAAGGAGUCUUUACGAGGUGAUUGAAGUGGGCGAAGACGCCAUCAUCCAAGCCGGAGAGCCGUUCCCGCGGAGCAAGGCGAGAUUGUUACCCCCGAUUUAUGGCCGGGAUAUUCUUGCCGUUGGGAAGAACUAUGCAGCCCAUGCCAAAGAGUUCAAUGCUUCCGGAUAUGACAGCUCUGACAAGGUCGAUAUGCCAACUCAUCCCGUCAUCUUCACCAAGCGAUGGACAUCUGCUAUCGCAGAUGGGGACGAGAUAUACCCCCAUCCAGGCUUCACCGAGUCGGUGGACUAUGAAGGCGAGAUCGGAGUCAUCGUAGGCAAGUCUGGAUUUCAGAUUGAUGCAAAGGAUGCCCUCGAGCAUGUCUGGGGGUUUACCAUUAUCAAUGAUGUGACGGCUCGCGAACGGCAGCGGGACCAUAAGCAGUUUUACCUGGGGAAAUCACCAGAUACCUUUGCGCCAAUGGGUCCGAUCGCGGUCCCAAAGGAGCAUCUUCCAAAGGUGCUUACUGUCCAAACUGUCGUGAAUGGCGAGAAGCGACAGGAAGCGACAACCGACGACUUGAUCUUCAGCAUCCCGACAUUGAUCGAGACACUGUCCGCGGCGCAGACACUGCAACCUGGGGAUGUGUUGGCCACUGGAACCCCGGCCGGUGUUGGAUUUGGCUUUGAUCCCAAGGUGUGGCUGCACCCUGGCGACGAGGUCAAGAUCUCCGUAACAGGCCUUGGAACCUUGACAAACAAAAUUGCGAGUCCAGAGUCGAGGAUUAGCAUCCUCAACCACAUUGUCUCGCCUGCCGUGCCCGUUGUGAAUGACCGGACGGUCGAGGGCCGUGGACUCAGCUCUGUUGGCUCGAAGCGGCUGUUCUACCAGCGAAAAGGCGGUGAUGAUGCUGGGCGGCCCAUCUAUUUCAUUCAUGGACUCGGCGGCACUUCAGAAUAUUUCGGCCCACUAAUGACAAGGCUGGGGAACUCCUGGACAUAUCACCUAGCAGAUCUCGAGGGCCACGGCCUAUCGCCCACAUCCGCGACGAGCAAGCUGAGCAUCGCUUCUUUUGCCUCGGAUGCGUAUCAGCUUUGCUCCCAGGCAGGUAUCACCUCCGAGUCCGGCCUCACCGUGGUCGCACAUUCGAUGGGCUGCUUGGUUGCGAUGAAACUGGCCCUGGAUCACCCGGAUUUGGUCAAGACGCUCAUCCUGCAAGGGCCCGGCCCUUCACCGCUCCCAGAAGCCGCCAGCAAAGCCACAUACGCCAGGGCUGCCCUUGCUCGGGAAAAGGGCAUGCUGGGGGUGGUGGAUGCGGUCGUGGGCGCAGGCACAUCCGAUUACAGCAAGGCACAUAAUCCUCUCGCAAUCGCCGCCGCUCGAGUCUCCUUGUUGGGACAAGACGCCGAAGGAUAUGCAAAGGCCUGUACUGCACUGGCAGACUCGCACGCCGACACGUUGGACAUCUCAGCGUUGAAGGCGAGAGUGUUGAUCAUCACGGGAGAGGAGGAUAAAGUGUCGCCGCCGGAUAUGUGCAAGAGGAUGAAGGAGCAAAUGCCCAACUGCGAGGAUGUUGUUGUUCUUCCGCAGGUUGCGCAUUGGCACUUGUUUGAAGCAACCGAGAGUGUUUGUUCAGCUGUCACCGACUUCCUGGGGACCAGCUCCGAUGAGGUGCUCCAAAGAGUGAGAAGAGUCGAAAAUCUCCUCGAGAGACAAGUCUACCUCCUCGAGCAGCGGCUUGAACCUUCACCAAAAUCGAAUUCGUCCAACCAAGAUACUUUGUCCCAACAUCAAUCGUCGUCCGUGAACUCAUCGCCCUGGACCGAGAUCGAGGCGACUCCUUCUGAGACUGCUCCGGCAACAAAUGUCGGUACCAUCCUGGUAUCCGAGGGAGGGUAUGAAAGAUUUAUUCCCGGGCUCGCUUCUUCAGACGCCGAGUCGGUCAAUGAACUGAUUCAAUCUGCUUCUGCUCCACCAAUGUCAUCGAGCUUCCCCUUCUCCGCCGAGGCACUCGCGGCGCGAAGAGCGCUUUUGGACACCCUACCUCCUGGACGACAGUGUGACGAACUGAAGGAUAUAUUCUUCGAAGUGUUCUCGCCGCUCUUUCACAUACUCCAUGACCCAUCAUUCCAUGCCGAGUACGCUCACUUUCGCCAAUACCGAGGAGAUGUGUCCCUCUCGUUUCUUGCCCUGGUAUUCGUGAUUCUCUCCAUCUCUGUUACUGCACUGGACUCGGACCAUCCACUGCUCGCAGACCUCGGAAUGGAAGCGACGGCGUCAGCAAAUAUCAAAAGCUUAGCGACAAAAUACCGAGCCGCCGCCAUGGGAUGCCUCUCAGCGCACCAUUUUAUGUGGCGACACAACUUGCAGACUGUGCAAGCUUUGGUCCUUUUGAUAUACGCACUUUCACAUGCUCAUGGCCCUUCAUGGGCCUUGUUGGGGGCUACCUUCAACAUUUGCGUAUCGAUCGGUUGCCACAUCGACCCGUCUCAACUGAACCUAGAUCCAGUGAGAAGUGAACAGCGACGCCGGUGUUGGGCUGGCCUCAUGUUACUGUAUACCAUUCAAAACACUUGUCUGGGGAACAUUGCCCCGAUGAAGGUCAUAGCCAACGUCCGUCUUCCUGCCGACGUGGACGAUGACCACAUCACCAUGUAUGACAAUCCGCUGUUGCACACAGAUGAAACCCAACCCAAACCCCUGAGCAAAAUGUCGUACAUCCUCUUCAAGUUCAAACUAUAUCGGCUGGCGUCCGAUAUAACAAACUUCACCCGGGAAAACGGGCAGUUGAGCGGCCUGUUCGAGCUCGACGCAAAGAUCUCGAGGGAGGAGCACGAACACGACGCACGAUUCGCCGACCCUCAGCGGCUUCCAGUUUACCAUCUGGCUCAUCUAUACAUCAUCAAAAACUAUACGAAUCACCUGCGACUCAUCCUCCAUCGACCGUAUCUUCCACCACAUUCUUCGGCGGCGGACAGCACAUUGUACGAGUACCCGGAACAAAUGCUGCAGAGCCGGCAGUAUUGUAAGAUGUCGGCUAUGAAGAUCAUUGACAACCACGAGGACCUCUGCUGUAACGACAAGUUGAAGCCUUAUCGCUGGUUCGUGUACGGUCUGGGCGGCUACCAGACGUUUCUGGCAGCGUCGACGCUUGUGGUGCUGCUUGGGUCGGAGGAUGACUCGGUCGCUUCAGACCGCGCGGAUGUCAUCUACGCUCUUCGAAAAUGUCAAGCACGGUUCGAGCAGCUGUCUCCGCGCAGCGACAUCUCGGCCAAAGCGGCCCGAAUCCUGCGCCGCACGCUUGGUCCCGUCACGAGUACCAACGGUGGUGCUGGGGGUCCCCUUCAUGACACCCCAAGACUGUACCAUCAGUCCUCGAGCAUUAGCGACGAGUCCAAGGUCGUGUACAGUAUGAGCCACCGACACCAAAUAUCCAGCGCUUCCCCCGGCAACCUCCAUGACCACCACCUCCACCACCAGCAACAGCAGCACACAUCAAUCCCACCUGGUCCUGCUGGAUACAAUCAGACGGGCUUCACCAGCGGUGACUUUCCCAGUGGUGCCAACGAGGCCGUCACGACAAAAAUGGAACCACCACCACCACCGCCGCCGCCGCCAACGUCACAGCACCAACACCAAGUCCAGUACCAGCACGAGCUCCAGCACCAGCACCACCAUCAGCAACAGCAACAGCCUCCCCCUCAUCCUCACUCCUUCUUCCCCUGCCCACAACCGCUCUACGAGCUGAUGAAUCUCCCCGCGGAGCAGUGGCUGGGCGGCCCCUCCGCGCUGGCCUGGGACUGGAGCAGCUGGGUCGACGUGCCCGAGGCCUCGAUCGCGGGAUCCGACAUGUUCAUGGACACUUCGGCUUCUGGCGUCAUGAUGUGA